AUAUUCUUGGCGAAAACAAGGCAAGUACACACCCAACGAAGCAAGUAACCAUAAGAAUGGCUGUAUAACACUGUAGCAUCAUAGUAAGCAUACAAUGAAGCGCUCAAUCAACAACAGCUAUUCUGGUUCUACUCCAUUGGAUUCCAAUUGCAAACGCAUUAUACUGGCAUUGGUUUUCGCUUUUGCUGGAGUAAGUGGCACAUCGUUACACAUUGCAGCCGGCGGGGGAAUUCCAGGAGCAGCUGAGAAUCUCACAAUUACCAGCACUGCAUCUAUUAGUAGCAAAAAUUACAGCGUGACGUACGAUAGGCGGUCUCUGAUAAUCAAUGGCCAGCGGAAACUGCUCAUCUCUGCUUCCAUUCACUAUCCCCGCAGCGUCCCUGCCAUGUGGCCAGGAUUAGUUCAACUGGCAAAGGAAGGAGGAGCUGAUGUUAUUGAAACUUAUGUCUUUUGGAAUGGUCAUGAACAUUCUCCGGGCAAUUAUUACUUUGGUGGAAGAUAUGACCUUGUGAAAUUUUGCAAGAUCGUUCAGCAAGCUAGUAUGUAUAUGAUUCUUCGAAUUGGACCAUUCAUUGCCGCAGAGUGGAAUUUUGGGUAUACUUAUACACCACUGCUAUGAGAUUUCCAUUCUACCCUUCAACAGAUUUACAAGAUAGGUUUCUAGAGUUGUCAAAACUCUGCCAACUAGGUUUUGUAGAUUGGAAAUCACAUCUAAUUGAGAAAACCCUUACCGCUGUCUUAAUAAUGCAGUGGGAUUCCUAUAUGGCUCCAUUAUGUGCCAGGGACCACUUUUCGGACGGACAAUGAACCUUUUAAGUAUCACAUGCACAGCUUUAUGACAUUCAUAGUAAAUCUGAUGAAGCAAGAGAGACUUUUUGCAUCUCAGGGGGGCCCUAUUAUCUUGGCGCAGGUAGAAAAUGAAUAUGGUUUCUAUGAAGCAGCUUAUGGAGAAGGAGGUAAAAGGUAUGCCUCAUGGGCAGCAAAAAUGGCUCUUUCUCAGAAAACAGGUGUCCCUUGGAUUAUGUGUGAGCAGUUUGAUGCUCCCGUUGAGGUGAUUGACACUUGCAAUUUGUUUUACUGUGAUCAAUUCACACCACUCUCUCCAACCAAACCCAAGAUGUGGACAGAAAAUUGGCCUGGAUGGUUUAAAACGUUUGGGGCCAGUGAUCCUCACAGGCCUCCAGAAGACAUUGCUUUUUCCGUUGCUCAUUUUUUCCAAAAAGGUGGAAGUUUGCAAAACUAUUACAUGUAUCAUGGUGGGACAAACUUUGGUCGCACAUCAGGUGGUCCCUUUAUUACCACAAGCUAUGAUUAUGAAGCUCCAAUUGAUGAAUAUGGUCUAGCAAGACUCCCCAAGUGGGGUCAUCUUAAAGAACUUCACAAAGCUAUAAAGUUAUGUGAGCCUGUGUUGCUGAACAAUGACCCCAUUUUGCUCUCACUAGGUCCUUUACAAGAGGCAGAUGUCUAUGAAAAUGCAUCAGAAGGAGCUUGUGCAGCAUUCCUCGCUAAUGCAGAUGAUAAAAAUGAUAAGGUGGUAAUAUUCCGGAAUAGGCAAUACAAUCUGCCAGCAUGGUCUGUCAGCAUUUUACCCGACUGCAGGAAUGUGGUGUUCAAUACAGCGCAGGUCAGGUCUCAAGCUUCUAUAAUUGAGAUGAUACCAUCAGAUUUCCAGUUGUCAUCAGCAUCAUCUGUUAGUGGCCUGAAAGGUCUUCAGUGGGAAGUGUUUGUGGAAACAGCUGGAAUUUGGGGAGAUGCUGAUUUCACAAAGAAAGAACUUGUAGACCACAUCAACACUACUAAAGAUACUACUGACUACCUCUGGUACACAACAAGUUUAUAUGUGGAUGAGGGUGAGCAGUUGCUCAUAAAUGGAACCAAUGCAAUGCUUCAAGUUGAAUCAAAGGGCCAUGUUCUGCAUGUCUUCAUCAAUAAAAUGUUACAAGCUACUGCAUAUGGAAAUGGUACAGUGCCACCUUUCACGCUGCGAAGUCCUAUUUCUCUCAAGGCAGGGAAGAAUGAAAUUUCAUUACUAAGCAUGACCAUGGGCUUACAAAAUGCUGGUGCAUUUUAUGAAUGGGUUGGCGCAGGUCUAACAAGUGUAAAAGUUGAAGGGUUCAAGAAUGGGACUCUUGACUUGUCUUCAAAUAUUUGGACCUACAAGAUUGGAUUGGAAGGAGAGAGUCUGAGAAUAUAUCAGGGAGACGGUUUGAACAGUGAGACGUGGGUGCCAGUUUCGGCUCCACCUAAAGGACAGUCUCUUACAUGGUAUAAGGUUGUCGUUAAUGCUCCCCCUGGAGACGAACCUGUUGGACUUGACAUGAUCCAUAUGGGGAAAGGCAUGGCUUGGUUGAAUGGAGAAGAAAUUGGAAGAUAUUGGCUCAGGAAAAGCUCUGAAAAUGAUAAUUGUGUUCUUCGAUGUGACUACAGAGGCAAUUUUAACCCUCACAAGUGUAACACAGGUUGUGGAGAACCCACACAGAGAUGGUACCAUGUGCCGCGCUCAUGGUUCAAGCCAUCUGGAAACAUAUUGGUGUUCUUUGAAGAGAUAGGUGGAGACCCUUCACAAAUUACAUUCUCUCUUCGGAAAGUCUCAAGCAUCUGUGCUCAAGUCUCAGAAGAUCAUCCUUGGGUUGAUCUUGAGCAUCUGCAAGAUGGUGAAUUUGGGAACAUAGGGAAACCAACUCUUAAAUUGAAGUGCCCAAUGAAUACUCGGAUUACUGUGGUUAGAUUUGCCAGCUAUGGAACUCCUUCUGGUACUUGUGGCUCCUAUGCUGAAGGAAAAUGCCACGACUCGAACUCUGUCUCGUUGGUCAACAAGGCUUGCUUGAACAAGAGUGAGUGUGGUGUAGAACUAUCUAACAGAAAUUUUAAUGUGGGAAUCUGCCCUAAUGUGACCAAGGAACUCGCAGUUGAAAUUCAAUGUAUCUGACGAUGCAAUUCCAUACCCUACACUCAUUCAGCACAGCAUGGUGGCAUUAUAUUGCCCAUUUUAGUUGUAUAUUAAAAUAUUUUUCUUAAUAAACUAGUUGAACAAUAUAUCAGCAUUUGUCCCCUUUAACAGGACAAAUAAUUAUGAAUAAGUAAGGGUAUAAAUAAAUCUAUGGUGGAUAGAUGUGUUAAUGCGUCUUGGUCGGUGGAAUGGUAUCUUGUUUACAUAACAGUGAAGUAAACGGAAAAUGAUGGACGGCAUAUUAUGUUUAUAGAAACAGAAUAACUUUUAGGGAAAUUUCCCGGGAUAUGACUAAAACUCAUUGAGUUUUCCAAUCUAUGACUAACUUAAUUUUUUGACAUUUGUAUGACCG